CCCCUUUCCUUGGCUCGGCAACCUCCACAACUCAUAAACUCCCCACCACGCCAGCCAUUCCCCAGCACAGCAAAGCAUCCAAUGCUUUCCCCUUCCCACCCAUUUACCACCCUAAUGCCCUCCGCUAAUCACUCCCUCCACUACUAAACCCCUCCCUCAUAAUCCCCCCGGAGGAGGAGCGGAGCGGCGGCGGCGGGCGAGAUGGACAUCUCGUCGUUCGUGACGUCGCUUCUGACGUCCUUCGUCAUCUUCGUCGUGCUGGUCCUGGUCUUCACGUGGCUCUCGCGCCGCCCGGGGAACGCGCCGGUGUACUACCCGAGCGUGCUGUUGCGGGGGCUCGACCCGUGGGAGGGGCGCGGACGGGGCACGCGCAGCCCCGUCGGCUGGAUCCGCCAAGCGUUCACGGCGUCCGAGGCCGACGUCGUUGCCGCCGGCGGAGUCGACGCCGCCGUCUACCUCGUCUUCCUCUCAUCCGUGUUGGCAAUCCUUGUGGUCUCUGGAAUUGUGUUGCUUCCACUUCUGUUACCGCUUGCUGCAACUGAUCAUGCCCUGGAGAAUUCUGCUGGCUUCAAAAAUGGCAAAGAGGCGCAGAACUUCACGAUUAUUGAAAGAUUAGCAUUGGGCAAUGUUCAAAAAAAAAGUAUGAGGCUGUGGGCAUUCAUAUUAUCAGUCUACUGGGUCUCCUUUGUCACCUAUCUCGUACUAUGGAAAUCCUACAAACAUGUUUCGAAUCUGAGAGCAGCUGCAAGAUCAACAUCAGAUGUUAAACCAGAGGAGUUUGCCGUGUUGGUGAGAGAUGUUCCUAUACCGCCUCCUGAUCAAACUAUAAAGGACUCGGUGGACUCAUAUUUCCGAGUACUUCAUCCUGACACAUUCUACAAAGCAAUGGUUGUGACAGACAAUAAGGAGGCUGAUAAAAUUUUCCAAGAGAUUGAAGGUCACAAACACAAAAUUGCUCACGCUGAAGCUGUCUAUGCAGAGUCAAAAAAAGGAAACAAACCUGAGGGCACCAAGCCUACUCACAGGACUGGAUUGCUUGGUCUUAUUGGUAAAAAAGUUGACACAAUUGAGUAUUGUAAUGGGGAGAUCAAGGAAUUACUGCCCAAACUGGAGGCUGAACAGAAGAGCACUCUUCAUGAUAAACAGCAACGUGCUGCCAUUGUCUUCUUCAACAGCAGAGCUGCUGCAGCCUCUGCAUCUCAGACUCUUCAUGCUCAGCUGUUUGAUAAAUGGACAGUCACAGAAGCUCCUGAACCACGUGAUAUGAUAUGGUCCAACCUUCCGAAGAAAAUAUAUGAGAGGCACACCAGACAGACUCUGGUUUAUUUCAUUGUCUUUCUCACAGUCUUUUUCUAUACUAUUCCUAUUACUGCUGUCUCUGCUGUCACGACGCUGGAAAAACUGAGGGAGAAGCUGCCCUUUCUGAAGGUGGUGGUGGACCAACAAGUAAUUAAGACUGUCUUACAGGCUUACCUGCCGCAGCUCGCGCUUAUUGUUUUUCUAGCUUUGCUGCCUGCUCUCCUUAUGUUUCUCUCAAAGUCAGAAGGGAUCCCUUCACAGAGCCAUGUAGUCAGGGCAGCGUCAGGAAAAUAUUUCUACUUCAUUAUCUUCAAUGUCUUCCUUGGCUUUACAAUUAGCUCCUCAUUGUUCAGUGCCUUGAAAACCAUCGUUGAUAACCCUCCUGGGAUUAUUGUGAUGCUAGGCAACAGCCUUCCUGGAAGUGCAACUUUCUUCCUCUCAUUCGUUGCACUGAAAUUCUUUGUUGGUUAUGGGCUUGAGCUCUCUCGCUUGGUCCCUCUCAUCAUUUUCCACUUGAAAAAGAAGUACCUAUGCAAGACUGAGGAUGAAUUGCGAGCAGCGUGGAGUCCAGGGGACUUGGGGUAUAACACCAGGGUUCCAAGUGACAUGCUGAUUGUUACAAUUGUGCUGUGCUACUCCGUCAUUGCACCUUUGAUUAUUCCAUUCGGUGUUGCUUACUUUGCUCUUGGAUGGCUUAUAGCAAAAAACCAGGUUUUGAGAGUCUAUGUUCCUAGUUACGAGAGCAAUGGGCGAAUGUGGCCGCACAUCCACACGAGGGUCAUUGCGGCUCUAAUGAUUUACCAGGCCACCAUGAUUGGUGUCAUCAUACUGAAACUUUUCUUCUAUUCGGCUAUCCUUUCCCCGCUCAUCCCAAUAAGUUUAAUCUUCGCCUACACUUGCCACACACGCUUCUAUCCUGCAUUUGCCAAAACCCCUCUUGAGGUGGCAAGCCAGGAGCUCAAAGAGACACCGAACAUGGGUGCCAUCUACAGUGCAUACAUCCCUCUUUGCCUGAAGCCUGAAAAGCUCGAAGAUGUGGACGUAUUCGAAGAUGCUCAAUCGCGCACUACCUCGAGAGCACCAUCCUUUUAAUGAUAUGGAAUGAAUUCCCACGCACAACCUUCAACGUUGAACCAUCUGUGAAACAGCUGUUUAUUGAGAUAGGAAGCUGAUGUCAUAUGCCAUGUACAUACACAGUCUUGUCCGAUGAAACUUUCUUCUUCUAUUUUUAGGUAGUUGUUGUGGAUAUUCAUAUUAUUGGGCAUUUAUGUUUGUCUUGGUUGUUAUAUUGAUAUGUAUGUGUGUAGACUGUCUGCUGUGUGCAACUUAUCUUCGAAGUCAGACUGCUUGCCCUGGUGGUGCUAUUAAUUUGUUGCUGAAAUCAUACCACAAAAGUGGGAGUCGUACUCUUGCA